AUGGAUCCUCGCGUCACAAGUACACCCGCGGGUAGGAAGGAACUUGGUCUCGAUGAGGCCGAGAUGAUCUAUGACCACCACGAUCUACUCUACAACCCAGAUGACGAAGAUGUCACCAUGGACGAUGAAGAUUCUGUUGUAAAGCCAAUUGAUUUCACCACUCAGAAGUCGAUCGUCGUUGGUCGAGAGUUGUUGGAGCUCUGGCACGAGGACUUUUUCGCUGGUCUUUCCAAUGAGCAAAUUCAGCGGCUCAUGGCGAGUUGCACAGCUAUGCAAAAGCAGCAACUCCUUGCCGUGGCGAGGAGAGUUCCUUGCGGAGUGCUACCAAUUGUUGGAUCAGGUGGUACGGGCAAGACAACAGUUGUGAUCGUUCUCCUCAUGGCUGUCUUAGAACGGGGCAAGAAGCCAGUCGUGUGCUCUACCACAAACGCCGCAGUCACCAACAUCUGCAAACGCGCCCAAAUGAAGAACAAUGCAGACGAGUAUCUUUUUGUCCGAUGCCAUCCAGAACAUGAAGAGCAUGCUCGCAUCAUUGGCUAUCGAGCACAGAAAACUGAAGUAAAGCCUGUCGACUCCACUGUCAAGAUUGACUCUACAGUAGAGGAACUACCAGAGGAGACAUCCCUGGCUCACGAAAUGUCAAGGCAAAGAGAGCUGCCAAGUUCCACUGGCAAGCAUCGGUUGCUCGGCGAGUGCUCCAAGUUGCGGGCAUCAUCCCGACGAAGAACCCAAAGUUUGCCAAGAUGA